CUCAUUGGCUCCUCCCUCCCCCUCCCCCUGCCUCGCCCUUGUUCCUCGCGCUAGUCUAGAUCGCUCGCCUGCACGCCGACACACUCCCACUGCCGGCGCCGCGUCGCCCCUUCUCCUCCUGUCCCCUCCACACACCCCUCCCCCUCGCUGCCCAGCCCCUGCCGAGCGACCUCCACCCGAUGAACAGCGGACCGCCCUCUCCAUGCCGCGGCUCAGAUGAUCUCCCCCUCUCAUGCUCCGAGCAGGACCCCCAGUGCGCGCCCUCGCUAGGCAAGGCCCCGCCAGCCGGGAGCCUGGGCGAGGCCGCUCCUGCGCCGGCUGUCCCGGAUAAGGAGAGCCAUGAUUCCCUCCUGACCGUGGUGGAGGAGCCCUCCGAGUCUGAGGAGUCUGCCGAGCUGGCGAUCUCCGGAGGCAGCAUGGCCGAUGCGCUGACCCCCGCCACCAGCCAGGACACCGAGAUUGCGGACGCUUUCUGCGGUGAUGCCUUCGGGGGCUUUGCUUCGGGUCCUCCUUCCCCCGUUGGGGCCUCCCCGGCCGACAGUGUGGCCUCCAUCCGGGAGCCUGGCCAUGGCGAGCUCACAUCAUCCCUGGAUGGGGCUCCCCAGGUGACUGGGGCCAUCCAAGUUGGUGCCGGCCUCGAUGCCCUUGACUCCGGCGAGGCGGCUCCGGCGCCCGGUGUCGCUGGCGCCCCGGAGGCGACUGGUGCUGCCGAUCGCUCGGGAGAUGUGAUGGCCGGUGACAAGGUGGACUUUGGGGACUUCGAUUUGGAGUCUGCCUCUUUGAACCCCAUGUCUGUGGAUAUCCAAGUGGCUGAUGCCGAUGCCGAUGCCGAUGCUGCUGCUGCCGAUGCUGCUGCUGCCGAUGCUGCUGCUGCCGAUGAGGGUGAUGAUGCUCCCGCCAGCGACAUCGACAUCACCGGCGCCGGGGUCGAUGGGGCUCAUGCCAUAGUCGGCUCUGGGGCUGGCGACACCGCCGAAGUCUUGGCUCUUCAAGCCGAAGACACCAUCGAUCCGGGGGAUAUCGCCAUCCCGGUGGAUCCGAUGUGUGUUGGUGUGUCUGAUGUCACCCCCGUCAAGGUCCCUGAGGCCGUCUCCCCCCCUGUCCCUAUGCAUGCUGCUGCCGACGUUGUCGACUCGACUGGUGAUGGGUGCGACGGUGGGAGCGGCCUUUCAUUGGAUGCCGGCGAUGCCCCCGUCACGGAUGUCUUCACCGACCUCACUACCCCCGCCCAGGUUGCCGAGCUGGACGAUGACAAGGAUGACUUUGGGGACUUCGGAUCUGAAGGGGGCGAGUCUUACUCACCCGGCGAGGAGGAGGCCCCUCACUCAUCCCCUGAUGUUGACGACGACGAUGAGGACGACGACAACGACGACGACGACGACGGCACCCCCGAUGCCGAGGUGACAGACAUCUCCGGUGAGAACACCUUUGGUGAUUUUGGCGCCGACUGCAUGCCUGUGGCAAUCUCGCCAGACACCAACAUCACCGAUGCCCUUGAGAAGGAUGACUUCGGGAGCCCCCACACCGAUCCCAUUUCCGUGGCUGGCACGGUGUCGGAUGUUGAGAUCGCCGACAAUGAUGUCCCGAAGGGGGAUGACUUCUUUGGCGGUUUUGGUGACCAGCCGCCAGCCAGUGUGGCCGCCUCUCCGGAUGCCGAUAUAACCGACGCCUUCGGCAACGAUGACGCCUUCGGCAACGAUGAUGCUUUCGGAAGCUUUGGCUCCAAUGAUGCAUCGAGCGUCGCCGCCGCCGCCGUCACCACCGUCGCCUCGGGCGAUUCCUUUUUUGCCACGUCUGCCUCUGCACCAUCGUCAGCUGCUCCUGCCGCGGACUUUGGCGACUUUGGUGACUUCGGGGAUUUUGCCCCCUCGGUGGGCUCUUCGUCGACGUCCUCCUCCUCCACUGUCAUCCCCACGGCCCCGUCCUUCGCCUCGGCUGCCGACAGCAACUUCGGCGACUUCUUCGACACCGCGGCCCCGGGAAGUGCCAUGCCCUCUCACGAUGGCUCUUUUGAUGAUCACUUCUCCGACUUCGGUGACACCUCCGGCGCCUUUGGCAGCUUCGACGAUGCCGGUGCUGGCGACGCCUUUGGUGAUUGGGGCUCCAUGUCAGUUGCCCCGGCUGGCACUCCCUCGGCUGGCACUGCUGCUGCUGCCGCCCCGGCAGCCGUUCACCUGCCCCCCUCAUCGCCGCCCGCCCCGGCGAUUUCCCUCCAGCAGCUGGCCGACGUGGACUUCGUGACUUCCUAUCUUUCGUCUCCCUCCCCCUCGAGGCCAAGCUCGCCUGGGGGCGAUCGCUCUCCUCGUGGCGCCGCCGGCGGGUCCCCCCGGCUGGCCAAGGCGGCUCAGCCGCAUCUUCCUCCCUUCAGACCCUUCUCGCGGCUUGCUCGGCCCGAGCACGAGCGACUGUCGAAUGCCCUGGCGCACUUCUCCGAUGUCCUUCACAAAAGCCACAGCCAGAAGGCUGCCCUUCUGCCUGCCUGCCCUUUCUCGCUCACACACGGCACCGCGCUCUUCCCGGUGGGUAACUCCGGCUCGGCUCGGCGUCGUUGCAUCCAUUACCUGCCCGGGGUUCCGGCGCGAGACAACAGUUCCCUUACUGGCUACCUGCUGGCCAGCAGUCUGGCACACCGGAUCCUGAUUUCGGCGAAUGUCUACCACACCCAAUCGCCGCUUCUUGCCCCAGCAGCCGUCCCGGCAGCCGGUGCCUCGGCGGCCGCCGCCCAUCCGAAAGUCGCGAAGACCACCACCCCUCCCCCUGCCACCAAGGCAUCCUCCUCGCCGCCGGCGUCCUCCCCUGGCGCUGGAUCUCCCGCAACACCCACGGCAGCGCCGCCUGCCACCCCCCCGGGGUCGAGCCCCACCGCGCGUGGUAUUCAGUCCACCUCCACUGCCCAGGUGGUGGAUGCAUUCUCCCCACAGUGUCUAUCUUUGUUGAGCUCCAUUCCCACUCUCUCCGGGCAGUAUCUCUAUCCGGCCGAGCUCCUGUCGGGGCAGACCGGGCCGAUUGCGCUGGAUUUCGACUUCUAAGCCGGUGAGAGCCGCACGAGACAUGCGCGUGCCAAAUGCUGAUGGAGCCGAGACUGCGCGGAUCAAAUACAAUCGGUUCAAAAAGUAUCCAUGCUUGGCGUGGGGCGUGUGUGCCUGGAUAUCUGUGCGAGGUGUGCUCCAUGUGUCCUGCGCCCCUGCCUCCCGCGCCUUUGCCGCCCCUCUGCCCGUGAAAGUGAGUCUCAAUAGACACCGGGGGAACC